AUGGCCAAUCAUGGCUCCAAGUUUGUUUCAGUGAAUCUAAACAAGUCUUACGGGCAACAGCAUCAGCCUUCCCACCACGCUCAUUACCCACAUUUCAAUGCGGGCGGCGGCUCUUAUGGGUCUGCCGGAGCUGGGCGGGGCAGGCCUGGAAGUGGGGGUGCCGGUGGCAUGCUGGUUUUAUCUCGGGCCCGUGGUGCCACACCCAAGGUUGUUCCUAAAUUAUCGAUCCCACCCCCCUUGAACUUGCCGUCCCUGAGGAAAGAACAUGAGAAAUUCGAUGUUUCCGGUCCCGGAGGGCCUGGAGCUGGAUCUGGAACUGGGAGUGGGUCAAGACCCACUUCAUCUGGUAUGGGCUGGACAAAGCCUGCUUCGUUGGCUGCUGCAUUCCCGGAGAAGAACGUGAUGUCUGCUGAAUUUUCUGGGCUUGAUGUAGCAGCUGGUGGUCGGGCCAUUGGUUCUUAUAUGCCGCCUUCUGCUCGUUCCACUGGGGCGGGAGCCUUGGCUCCCUCGAAUGCGGUUCGGGAUGUUCCUCCAGUUGUCGACAAAGCUGUGCUGUUGAGAGGCGAGGAUUUUCCUUCUCUGCAGGCGGCGAGGCCUGUAUCAUCUGGAACAUCACAAAAACAGAAGGAUGGCUCGAAUCAGAAGCAAAAACAUGCUGCACGUGAGGAAGUGGGCCAGGAUAAGGAAGGCGGAUAUCAUUUGGGUCCAUUGGCUGAUAUGGGUCGCUCUCCUAGUGAUACUACUGGCAACCGGCUAGCGGAAAAUGGUCGCAAGGACCAAGGAGCUGGAAACGGGCGAAUGAAUGAUCAGACCAGGAAGCAGGAAGAAUAUUUCCCCGAUCCGCUGCCGCUGGUUCGCAUGAACACGAGGUCUGAUUGGGCGGAUGACGAGCGUGAUACGAGCCAUGGAUUAGUGGACCAGGGAAGGGAUAUCGGGUACUCAAACAGCGAAAGCUAUUGGGACAGAGAUUUUGACUUGCCCAGGCCUAGUAUUUUGCCUCACAAACCAGCGGUGCAGACUCAAUUUGACAGGUGGAAUCAAUGGGACAAUGAAACUGGGAGGAAAUUUCCCGGUGAAGUCCCUAAGGUGGACACGUACAGCAAAGACACCAGGGUUCCCAGUCGGGAAGGUAAGGAAGUCAACAAGUGGAGAAACUCGCCGCCGUCCAAAGACAGCUUUAGCUCCCAAGAGUCAGGUAGUUAUAGAGCUGAUGCUGGAAACAAUAACUCUAUGAAAGAGAAUAAAUAUGUCCCGCCUCAUUAUGGAGAUACCAGUAGAGAUGGGGGGAUGGUGUAUGGUAAGGAUUCUUCCGCCUUUGGGAGGAGUGAGUUGGGACCUGUGGGGCAACAACAUCAACAGAGAAACAAUACGAUGGAAUCAUUUAAUUACCGUGGGCCAGGCCGUAACUCCCGCAAUGUCUCUGAACCACCUAAUAGAUACAGAGGCAAUAAUUUCCAGAGCAACAACUUAUCCAGAACCUCAUUUGCCUCAAGUGGGAAAUUGCCGCACAUGGCCGACCCGUUGCUGAAUAUGGGCCGCAACAAGCGUUUUCAGAACAGCGAAAGGUCUGAGGACUCUUUCUCGAGGGACUUUGGCCCCACGGGUUUUGAGGAGAGGGAUCUUUUUUCUGAGGGGCUUGUUGCUGGGGUGAUCAGAAGGAAGAAAGAUACCUCCAAACUGACCGAUUUUCAUGAUCCAGUACGGGAAUCUUUUGAAGCUGAGCUUGAUAGAGUCCAGAAGAUGCAGGAGCUUGAGCGACAGAGGAUUAUUGAAGAGCAAGAACGGGCUAUGGAGCAGGCCCGAAGAGAAGAGGAGGAGAGACAGAGAAGGAUUAGGGAAGAAGAGGAAAGAAGGCGGAAACUGGAGGAGGAAGCCCGUGAAGCUGCAUGGAGAACUGAACAGGAGCGGCUUGAGGCCACAAGAAAAGCUGAGGAGCAAAGAAUUGCGAGGGAAGAGGAAAAGAGAAGGAUACAAUUUGAAGAAGAGAGGAGGAAACAAGCUGCCAAACAGAAGCUCGAGGAGCUGGAAGCUAGGAUGGCCAAGAGGCAGGUUGAGACUUCAAAAACUGAUGCUGUUGUGUCCAAGACGAUUGUUGAUGAGAAAUGGGAAUCAGAGGUGAAGGAAAGGCAUGUUUCUAGGAAUCUUGAUAUGGAUACAUGGGAAGAUAGUGAGAGAAUGGUGGAGAAUGUGGUCGCAUCUGGUUCAUUUGAUUUGUCUACUCACAGCAUGCUUCUUGAGGUGAGCUCGAGGCCUUAUCCACCUCUAGAAGGUUCUUCAAACUUCACUGACAGAGGAGAAGCAAAUAAUUCUUUUAAAAGGGACGGGGAAUUAGAAAAUGGCAGUGGAUUCCCGGGACCACUAUCGAACCAGGAUACCACACAUUACAGCCCAAGACGCGAUGCAUUUGGUGGUGGCAGAGGAAUUCCUCGGAAAGAGUUCUAUGGUGGAGCUGGAUACAUGGCUUCUAGGGGUUAUCUGAAAGCAGGAAUGCCGGAGACCUACAUGGAAGAGUUUGGAUAUCAUAAAGAUCAUAGGUGGAAUCCUUCUCCGGGGAAUGCCGACCGGUACGGUAAAUUUAGCGAGAUGGAACCAGAAUUUCAUGAUAGUUUCGGGGAAAGAUAUGGUGAUGGUGGCUGGGGGCAGGGACGCCAUCGGGUCAAUACCCGUCCUCCUUACCCAGAACGUUUGUAUCCACAUCUUGAGUCAAAUGCUCUUUAUAACUAUGGGAGAUCCAGGUAUACUGUGAGGCAGCCACGUGUCCUUCCGCCUCCUUCCCUUGUUCCAUCUCAAAGGCCUAAUACAAGAGUUACUGACCAACUUGCUGGGUCUCCGUCAUUUCUCGAUGACCGCAUUCAUUAUCCGCGUGCCACAGGAACUGAAUCUCCAGCUUAUUAUGACGGUAAUCGAGGAGGUCUUGAGCCAUCUGACAUAUUUGGAAUUCAGCAGGAAAAUAGUACUUCGGAGGGCCAGAAUUUGAAUAAUGCAUCAAGGUGCGACUCGCAGUCAUCCCUAUCUGUUUCCAGCCCGCCAACUUCUCCACCUCAUUUCUCUCAUGAUGAGCUGGAAGAAUCUGGGGACUCUCGAGCAGGAUCAUCUCUAGGAAAAGAGAAGGGAAGUUUAUUGGCUGGAACUCGACCUGUUGUCCCUGAUGGUAAUUCAGAAAAUGAUACAAGGCUGAUUGUUUCGGAUAAUGUUUCUGCUGUUGAUGAUGAAGAAUGGACCGUCGAAACUGGGAACACUUUACAGCAGCAAGAAGAGUAUGAUGAGGAUGAAGAUGGUUAUAGAGAGGAGGAUGAAGUCCGUGACAGGGAUGAUGGAAAUCUCAAUCUGGUCCAAAACUUUGAAAGGCUGGAACUCGAAGAACACGAGUCACCUCAUGCAUUGGAAAAUGUGGUUUUAGGUUUUGACGAGGGUGUUGAAGUCGUAAUACCAAGCGAUGAUUUUGAGAAAACUAUACACACUCAGGAAAAAGGAUCAUUUGAGGUUACCGAGAAUGCUGUUGAUAUCACGAAUAAAAGUGGCACCGUUGAUGGGUUUCCUUCAGAUCCACCUAAUUAUCUGCCCUCAGAUGAUUCACUUGGAAUUAAUACUGAUAGCUCUACAAAUGUACCAGAAGAAGUGGCAUCUCAGAGCUGUAUUGGUCAACAUGUUACAACUGCUGCUUUAUCUGAUGAUGCUGGUUUAGCUGCUCGGCAGACAAAUUCAUCAACUGCUGCUCUUAGUCAGCCUAGUGAUACUGUGCCAUCUUCAUCUUCUUCUGGAAGUCAGGCUGAUUUACCUGUCAAGCUUCAAUUUGGGCUAUUUUCUGGUCCAUCCUUGAUACCAUCUCCCGUGCCUUCUAUACAGAUUGGUUCCAUACAAAUGCCUCUGCAUAUCCAUCCUCCCGUCGGCCAAUCCAUCACUACUCAUAUGCAUCCAUCUCAGCCUCCCAUGUUCCAAUUUGGUCAGCUUCGUUAUACGCCUCCCAUCUCCCAGGGGAUUUUGCCGAUGGCCCCUCAAUCCAUAUCUUUUCUUCAACCUAACAUGAUGGGCCAUUUUAACUUGAACCAAAAUGCCGGAGGCUCCGUGGCUAACGAACCUUCUAAUAAGAAUGAAGCCAAGAGUGAGGUGUCAAAUCUUCCAAUAAACAAUCAGCCAAGUUUUAUUUCUUCAUCAACUGAGCAAUCUGGUGAAGGUUUGAAUGCAUUUUUGAAUACAACAGACGUGAAUAAGGACAAUUCUGAAGAAACUAAGUUGGCCUCUGGCUCACUAGCAGAAGAGAAAAGACAGAAUUCUGCGGGUUCGAAGAGUUACUCAUCGUCAUCAAAGGCAAAGGCAUCUGAACUUGAUUCACAGCACGCACAAUCAACAAUGCAGUCCGUCAUUGUAGGCGACAGAAUUUAUGGUGGGCCUAGAGGUUUGGGUCCAUUAUCUGGUGGAAGGGGGAGAAGAUUUACCUAUGCAGUAAAAAAUACAUACACUAGAGUAUCUGUCCAGGAUCAUGGUAAGCCAUCAGAUUCAAAUGGGUUUCAGAGAAGGCCACGACGAACUGUCCAGCGGACUGAGUUUCGGGUUCGUGAGAAUAAUGACCGGAGGCCGCCACCUGUAUCUUCUAAUAAUAUGGGCUUAAAUGAAAAAUCUAAUUACAAUGGGAAGACUGUUGGAGUGUUUGCUAGAAGUGGGUCAAAGAGAGACGGGGAAGCAAAAGAGAUGGCAAAUGAUAAGAGUCAGGAUGCCUUGCACCCUGGUGAAGCAAAUUUGAAGAGAACUGCAUCUGAGAAUGUGGAGGCCCCCUUACAGAGUGGAGUCAUUUGCGUGUUUAAGCAACCUGGUAUAGAAGCUCCUAGUGAUGAAGAUGAUUUCAUUGAAGUCCGAUCAAAAAGGCAGAUGCUAAAUGAUCGACGGGAACAGAGGGAGAAAGAGAUCAAAGCUAAAUCAAGGAUCUGUAAGCCACCACGUAAACCACACUCUUCUAGACCAAAUGAUGUAGUCUUGAGAAAUCAUAAUAAACUGCCGAUACCACUGGGUAAUGAAGAGGCCCAGAGUUCUCAAUUGAAAUUUACUUCAUCUGUCAGCCCUCACUUGGUGGACAAUGAAUCGACUGGGUAUACAGCUGCAGCUUCACAGCUUGCAGUUGGGACUCCAUUUAAUUCUGACGCUCAGGCUAGCAAGUGUGUGAUCCGUAAUGAAAACUUCAGCUUAGUUUUAUUUAACAAAAAUGCUAAACUUUUCUUGUAUGUUUGCAUUAGCAGGUCUGCCCAAGCAGGGUCAGUACCAGUUGUUUCUGAUGGCAGAACAGAACGUGAGUCUGGAUUAAAUAUCGACAGCAGAAAUAAGGUUAUGUCUUUGAGCCAGUCACAAAUUGAUGAGGUCAUGAAACCUGCUCAGUAUGAUCCACAUGUAUCUACUGUUGGGGGUCAUUCCGGCACAGCUACUGAUCCAAUCCUGCCUACAUCAUCCAGUUUGACGAAGGAAAAAGCCUUUUCUUCUGGUUCUAGCCCAAUCAGUUCCCUACUUGCUGGAGAGAAAAUUCAAUUUGGUGCUGUUACGUCUCCAACAGUCCUCCCCUCUACCACCCAUGUUGCAUCACAUGUAAUUGGUGCUCCAGGUUCCAACCGACCGGACACGCAGAAGUCCCGCAGUUUUCCCAUAACCCAGAAAGACGAUUCUCUUUUCUUUUCAAAAGAGGAGCCCCUCUCCGACUCUGUGCAAGAUUGCGAGGCUGAAGCAGAAGCAGCUGCUUCUGCUGUUGCUGUUGCUGCCAUAAGCAGUGAUGAGAUACCCGGGAAUGGCAGUGACGCCAAAAGUUUGACUGCUUGUGUUAAUGGCAUUACAACAGGUGUAGUUGGUGAUAAGCAAGUAACAAUCCAAUCGCAAAGUGAGGAUUCAUUGAGUGUUUCUCUCCCUGCCGAUCUAUCCGUGGAGACCACACCGAUAUCCUUGUGGCCGCCAUUGCCAAGCCCUCAGAGCUCCUCUGGUCAAAUGCUCUCUCAUUUCCCCACAGGCCCACCCUCCCACUUUCCCUUUUACGAGAUGAACCCCUUACUUGGGGGACCAAUUUUCGCUUUCAGCCCGCACGAAGAGUCCUCUGGUAAUCGAUCACAGCCACCAAAGAGUGUGGCGCCAGCCUCGGGACUUCCCCUCGGCAACUGGCAUUCCGGUGUGGAAUCGUUUUACGGGGCACCAGCUGGAUACCCAGGCCCAUUCAUCGGCCCACAUGGAGGCAUUCCGGGUGUUCCAGGCCCGACUCCGCAUAUGGUCGUAUAUAAUCAUUUUGCUCCUCUUGGACAGUAUGGUCAGGUGGGCUUGAGUUUUAUGGGUGCAACAUAUAUACCUUCAGGAAAGCAAGGUGAUUGGAAAAAUAAUGUGUCGGCAUCCUCUGCUGGACACAGUGGUGGUGAGGGUGACAUUAAUAAUGUGAAUGUGAGUAAUGCGCAGAGGGGUGGGCCCAAUAUGACACCGCCUAUUCAGCAUCUUGCCCCGGGGUCCCCGCUAUUGCCAAUGCGUCCCCCGAUGCACAUGUUUGAUGUAUCUCCAUUUCAGACUGCUCCUGAUUUGCCUGUCCAAGCUCGCUGGGGCCAAAUUCCUCCCUCGCCAAUUUUCCCGGUCUCUCGACCACCACAAUCCCAAACAGACGGUCUAUUGCCUCCUCAAGUCAACAAUCCUGGAAAUCCUACGGACCAAUCACAAGCCGCCAACAUAUUCAUCGAGUCCCCUUCCCCAACACAGUCUGACAGCAAAAGCUCAAGUUUCAAGGUCUCCUCAGACUCCACCGUGGUCCCAUUUCCUUCUCAUCUCGGAGUGUCGGACCAACUAAGAUUCGACUUGCCUGCAUCUGUCGUCCAGACCUUGCCCGUUAGUUCAAAUCCUGAAUCUAUCAAGACCGAUACUACCGAGAAUAGCAAACCCCAGAACACAAGUGCUCUCAAUGCUCAAUUCCCUAAGAAAAAUGUAUCAUCUGCCCAACAGGGGAGUAAUAACUAUAAUAAUAAUAAUAGUAAUACAAGCAGGUAUGGUUAUCGAAGGAGUGGAGGUGUAAUGGCUCACAGGCAGGGCUCGGGAAGUGAAUAUUCUCACCGGAGGGUGGGCUACUAUGGACGUAACCAGUCGAGUGGUGUGGAUAAAGGUUUUCAUUCUUCAAAGGUGAAACAGAUUUACGUGGCCAAACAGAACAGUGGCGCGGGCCCCACUGAUUGA